CUCGGCCGCGGCGGGGACUUGGCCACAUGCUGCCACCCAACUGCUCGGUGGCGCACAGCUACGCGGCGGAGGUGAGCACGGCCUUGCUGCUGCUGCUGGAGUGUAGCCUGGGCACGCUGGGCAACGCCGUGGCGCUCUGGACCUUCUUCUUCCGUCUGAAGGUGUGGAAGCCCUACGCCGUCUACUUGUUCAACCUGGUCCUAGCAGACCUCCUGCUGGCUGCCUGCCUGCCCUUUCACGCCGCCUUCUACCUGCGGAAGAAGACCUGGGGCUUGGGACGUGCGUCUUGCCAAGGGAUGCUCUUCCUGCGGUCCCUGUGCCGUGGGGCGGGUGUCGCCUUCCUCACGGCCGUGGCCCUGGACCGCUACCUCCGGGUGGUCCACUCGCGGCUCAAAGUCAACCUCCUGUCCGUGCGGGCGGCCUGGGGGAUCUCGGUCCUGGUCUGGCUCGUGAUGGCAGCCCUCACUCACCAAAGCGUGUUCCUCUCUGAGGCCGAGUGCCCCAGUUCUGAGCCCAGGACGGAGUCCUCCUUCAGCCUCGUCUGGCAGGAAGCCCUCUCCUUCCUCCAGUUUAUCCUCGCCUUCGGCCUCAUCCUGUUCUGCAGCGCCGGCAUCAUCAGGACUCUCCAGAAGCGGCUCCGGGACCCACACAAGCAGCCCAAGCUGCAGAGGGCCCAGGCGCUGGUGGCCAUGGUCGGGGUGCUGUUCACGCUGUGCUUUCUGCCCAGCUUCCUGGCCCGCAUCCUACUGGCCAUCUUCCGAGGGGCGCUCAGCUGCGGGGUCCUGAGCUCCAUGGUCCACGCCGCCGACCUGACCGGCAGCCUCACCUACCUGCAGGGCGUGCUGAACCCCGUGGUGUACUGCUUCUCGAACCCCGCCUUCAGACGCUCCUACCGCAAGCUCUUCUACACCCUCACCCUCAGGGCCCGAAAGCAGGAAGCAGAGGCUCCCGGCUGUGAGCUCAGAGAUUCUUACUCCUGAGGAUGGCCAGCUCCCCACCUCACGUCCACGACAGCUACCCGGGGGGCGCUGAGCAGUCAUGAUGGUUAGUUAAGAUUCUGCACUACAAGCUUGAACGCAACUUCAGCACGUGUCACUGCUGUUUACCAGGAUUUCCUUCAGCUAUUUUGUGUUGCAGAGCAGUUCAGCAACAUGAGCGAGCAGAGCCUUUACACAAUUCCCAUGCAGGUUCAAUCACUAAAUGACUACGACACAGUCAUAGCUGGAAAAAGAUGCUGUGGUGGACCGGUGACGCGGAAGGUGGUGGAAGGCGGCGUGGCAGACGCGGUCCUGACUCUGGUGUCGGCAAGUCACUUUAUCCUUCUAUGCUUGAAUGCAAAAAAUGCAAAAACUCUAUGCUCUUUUUCUACCUACUGCACAGACUUGUGGCAACUGACAUGGGGAAGUGGGGCUUUGGGUCUAAAAACAGGUUCCGCAGGGUGUAAGUCCUGAGCUCGGUUCUUCUUAGCUCACAACUGAUGGUAAACUUGAGCUUCACCUGCACAGAUUUUACACAUUACCUCCAAGACAACACAGUCAGUGCCCUCGUUUAUUAUAAGGAAUACUUUCCUACUAAACGUCUCAAAAUUGCUUCUAGUACUUUUUUUUAAGUUUGAAUGUCUGAAUACUUUUGGAACUCAAUCUGCUUCUCCUGCUCUAAAAAAAAUCACUGUACUUUAAGCCUCCUGGGAGAAACACACAGUAUGAGAUACCAAUUUGCAUGUGAAAUGGUGAUUUCCACCCAAUGGCAACUCCUGAGGACAGCAGCUAGGGACCAGCCCGGGUUCAACGCCACUGCAGGGAGGGUGGGCGCAGCCCCUGGACACCAACAAGGGCUGCAUCUUUUCCUCUCACUCUUCUUAAAUUAUGUCCCGAAUUUGUAGCUCAUGCUGGUGACAAAGGAUUUAGAAAGUCCGCUUCCUCUCUGCCUUCUCUCUCACUCUCUGUUCAAGGCGGUUGUGCUCUCCCCCAAAGGGACUCACCGGGGUCUGCGUGUAAUACAGGGUCCCAUGCAGCCCACACCAGGCAGCCUCACCUGGAGCUGCACCUGUACUGCCCCCAGGGAGAGACCUCUGCUUUUCCCAGGAGGUAGUCCUACGAUAGCUGUAAUAGUUAAGGUUAAAACUGCUGGCAGUAGGCAAUAGAAAAGGGCAAAUCCUCACCCUCUCCCGGAGCUGUUUGCCUCCCGGGUAGGUUCCUUUUACCAGAACCAGACUUGAAAUGCGGUGUGACCCCCCACUAUUGUGCUUCUGAAGGAUGUAGACCCUGCUGACACCAGUAUAAUGUGCCCAGUGUCCGCAGGGGAGUGAGGGUCCCAUCAGCAGCAUUGUGCUAUUUUCUCGGGUUUUAUUUCCUCCUUAGUGAACAGAAUUUCAAAGGGCUUAGAAGGGAAAUGUGACCAGAUGAGAUGCA